AUGGGGGCCGCAUCUGUCCGGGCCUCGGGCCUCCUGCUACUGUGGCUGUUGCUCCUCGUGGCCGCGGAUCAGGACACGCAGGACACCACCACUAUGGAAAAGGGGCUUCACAUGCUGAAGUCGGGGUUAGGACCCAUCCGUGCUGCCCUGGCAGAGCUAGUGGCCCUGCCCUGCCUCUUUACCCUGCAGCCACGGCUAAACACCCUGCGAGACAUUCCACGGAUCAAGUGGACUAAGGUUCAGACUGCAUCGGGCCAGCGACAGGAUUUGCCAAUCUUGGUGGCCAAAGAUAACGUGGUGCGUGUGGCCAAGGGCUGGCAGGGACGGGUGUCGUUGCCCGCUUACCCCCGGCACAGAGCCAAUGCUACCCUUCUGCUGGGGCCACUGCGAGCCAGUGACUCUGGGCUGUAUCGUUGCCAAGUGGUGAGGGGUAUCGAGGAUGAGCAGGACCUGGUCACCCUGGAAGUGACAGGCGUCGUGUUCCAUUAUCGGGCGGCCCGGGACCGCUAUGCGCUGACCUUCGCUGAGGCCCAGGAGGCUUGUCGCCUGAGCUCGGCUACCAUCGCAGCCCCACGGCACCUGCAGGCUGCCUUCGAAGACGGGUUUGACAACUGCGACGCGGGCUGGCUCUCAGACCGCACAGUUCGGUACCCGAUCACUCAGUCACGUCCUGGUUGCUAUGGUGAUCGCAGCAGUCUGCCGGGGGUUCGGAGCUAUGGGAGACGCGACCCACAGGAACUCUACGAUGUCUACUGCUUUGCCCGCGAGCUUGGGGGUGAAGUCUUUUACGUGGGCCCCGCCCGCCGACUGACCCUGGCAGGCGCGCGGGCACAGUGCCAGCGGCAGGGUGCAGCGCUGGCCUCCGUGGGGCAGUUGCACCUGGCCUGGCACGAGGGCCUGGACCAGUGCGACCCGGGCUGGCUGGCAGACGGCAGUGUGCGCUACCCGAUCCAGACUCCGCGCCGGCGUUGCGGGGGCCCCGCUCCAGGUGUGCGCACAGUGUACCGCUUCGCCAACCGCACCGGCUUUCCUGCGCCCGGAGCUCGCUUCGACGCCUACUGCUUCCGAGCUCAUCAUCACGUGGCACAACAUGGAGACUCCGAGAUCCCCUCAUCUGGAGACGAGGGAGAGAUUGUGUCAGCAGAGGGGCCCCCAGCCAGAGAACUAAAGCCCACCUUGGGGGAGCAGGAGGUGAUAGCACCUGACUUCCAGGAACCUCUCAUGUCCAGCGGAGAAGACGAGACCCUAGACUUGACAGGGACGCAAGCAUCUGAGGAGACCCUCAGCUCUACCCCAGGGGAUCCCACACUGGCUUCAUGGCCCUCUUCAGAAAAGUGGCAGCUCACAGGUGCCACCAGCUCCACGGGUGUCCCCAGUCCCAGCAGCAUGGAAGAGACAGCACCCUCAGGCACACAGAUGGCCCCCACCCCCAGAACGAGGAGGGGCCGCUUUAAAGGGUUGAAUGGUCGACACUUCCAGCAGCAGGGCCCAGAAGAGCGGCUGCUUGAGGUAGCAGAGGCCCAGCCUCCCACCCUGGAAGUUACCGCUGACCACAUGAGACCUGCAGCCACAGAGGCUUCAGAGAGCGACCAGAGCCACAGCCCUUGGGCCAUUCUGACCAACGAAGUGGACGAGCCAGGGGCAGGCUCCCUUGGCAGCAGGAGUCUCCCGGAGUCCCCGAUGUGGUCCCCGUCGUUGAUUUCACCCAGUGUCCCAAGCAUCGACAGUACUCCUGGCCUGAAGCCAGGGUCAGCCGAGGCCCCCAGUGUGAGGCCACCUACCCACCUCCUGCCCUGGUUGCCCUCAGAGCCCCCUGCUCCCUCCUCCAGCCCCGCAGAGGCCCUGAGUGCCGUGUCCCUCACGGCGUCCCCUGGUGAGGGUUCCCCAGAUUUCCCCAUUGUAGCCAUGCUUCGAGCCCCCAAACUGUGGCUUCUGCCACGCUCUACACUUGUCCCCACUGUGACCCCAAUCCCGCUGUCCCCAGCUUCUCUCCCCCACUCCCGGGGCUCUGAAGAACAGGCUGCCAAGCCUGCCAGCCUUGGAGCAGAAAACCUCGAAACCCCGUUUCAGACCACCACGGCUGCCCCAGUGGGAGCCAGCCACAAAUCCCCUGAUGCAAACUCCAUAGAAAUCGAGGGGAUCAGCUCCACGCGGGCCACCAAGCACCCCGUCUCUGGCCCAUGGGCUGCUUUGGACUCCAGUGAUGUGACAAUGAAUCCUGUCCCCUCUGAUGCUGGCAUCCCAGGGACUGAGGCUGGGGUCUUGGACUUACCAGGGAGUCCCACACCAGGCGGACAGGCCACUGUGGACAAGGUGCUGGCCACCUGGCAACCACUGCCUGACCAAGGACUGGACCCUGGUGCCCAGUCCACACCCAUGGAAGCCCAUGGGGUCACCAUGAGUAUGGAAUCUACGGUGGCUCUGGAGGGAGGUGUCACCAGGGGCCCUGCAGGGGCCACCAUGGAAGUAGUCCCCAGCACUGCUGAUGGCACUUGGGGGUUGGAAUCCAAAAGUUCCAUUUCUAGCACCCGCAUGGCUGUGACCAUAGUUGGGGCCCAGGGCGUGCCCACACUGACCUCUACAAGUCCUGAAGGCCACCCAGAGCCAGAGGACCAGAUGGUGGCCCAAGGGUCACUGGAGUCUCUCAGCAGUCUGCCUUCCCAACCCUGGUCAUCCUUGGCCUCCAGUAUAGAUGAAGUGGCCUCAGCUUCCUCAGGGGAACCCACGGGGCUGUGGGACACCCCCAGCACUCUGACACCUGUGUCCUUGGGCUUGGAUGAAUCAGACUUGAAUGUUGUGGCUGAGAGUCCAGGAUUGGAGGGCUUCUGGGAAGAGGCGGCCAGUGGGCAGGAAGAGCCCACGGAUCCCUGUGAGAACAACCCCUGCCUGCACGGGGGCACGUGCCACUCCAGCGGCGCCGUGUACGGCUGUAGUUGUGACCAGGGCUACGCUGGGGAGAACUGUGAAAUUGACAUCGACGACUGCUUGUGCAGCCCUUGUGAGAACGGGGGCACCUGCAUCGACGACGUAAAUGGUUUCGUCUGCCUCUGCCUGCCCAGCUAUGGGGGCAGCCUGUGCGAGAAGGACACAGAAGGCUGCGACCGUGGCUGGCACAAAUUCCAGGGUCACUGCUACCGGUACUUUGCCCAUCGGCGUGCUUGGGAGGACGCAGAGAAAGAUUGCAGGCGUCGAGCUGGUCACCUGACAAGUGUCCACUCAGCAGAAGAGCACAAGUUCAUUAACAGUUUUGGACAUGAGAAUUCGUGGAUCGGCCUGAAUGACAGGACAGUAGAGACGGACUUCCAGUGGACAGACAACACGGGACUGCAAUAUGAAAACUGGAGGGAGAAGCAGCCGGAUAAUUUCUUCGCAGGUGGGGAGGAUUGUGUGGUGAUGGUGGCACAUGAGAGUGGGCGCUGGAAUGAUGUCCCCUGCAACUACAACCUCCCCUAUGUCUGCAAAAAGGGUACAGUGCUGUGUGGUCCCCCUCCAGCGGUGGAGAAUGCUUCUCUUGUUGGUGUGCGUAAGGUCAAGUACAAUGUCCAUGCCACCGUGCGGUACCAGUGUGACGAAGGGUUCUCCCAGCACCACGUGGCUACUAUCCGCUGCCGCAACAAUGGCAAGUGGGACCGGCCUCAGAUCGUGUGCACCAAACCCAGGCGGUCUCACCGGAUGCGCAGACACCACCACCAUCCACACCGACAUCACAAGCCUCGCAAGGAGCACAGAAAACACAAGCGACACCCAGCAGAAGACUGGGAGAAAGACCAAGGGGAUUUCUGCUAA